AUGCCUCCCUCCAGAACCUCUACUCUACCCUCUAAGAAUUGCCAGUUUACCGUGCCCCCUGGCUGGACUUCGACUCCAUCAAGCCCGGUCUAUUAUGAAGAGUGGGAUGGCGCCGACUCAGAAGGCCAAACAAUUGCUCGAUCCUAUGGUCUCCAACCAGGACAGCCGGUGAUGGAGGAUAAUGAAGCGUGGACAACAAUUUUCCUAUCUGGCAAUAAGUUCUAUCUUUGGGAGCGGAUGGGCGACGAGGUGUAUGAAAUUGCCUCCCAAGAUAUACGCGAGAUCGCUUUUGUGAUUUCCCAGUCCGAACUUAGAGAGUUGGCUAGAAAGCCUCUUCUUCGGAUCUAG